AAUACAGUUAUAAAGUUUAAGAAAAUAAAUACUAAUGUAUAAUUAAUAUUAAAAUGUGUGGAAAAUUCCACGAUGAUUGAAAGCAUUACAUAGAUCAUGAAGGAGUCCACUUCUACAAUGAAACGGUUAAUAUGGAAAUUUACCUCGAGAAUGCGCCCACGAGGAGUCUGUGCGUGGUCGCUUGCUCCGCUAGAAAUAGCAGUCACAUUCUUAUAAUUAUUACAAAGCGAAAGAAGAGCGCAUUACAAGAAGUAGUCCUAGGCUUCUUUUAAGAAGACGGUAUAUUUUGAAUGUGCAAAUAUUUUUAACUGUAUUUCUACUCUUUGAGGUAUAUAUUGAUUUGGAAGUUAAGGAAAAUAAUAACAUGGAGGAUUGUUCCAGAAAAUUACUCAUGUAACUUAAAGAAUUAAUAUAAAAAACGAAUAUUGAUUGCCUCUUCGUUGUUGACAUAUCGUUUAGAGUAAGGAGAAAGAAACAGAAAAAGACGGGAAGGGGGAAAGAGAAAGAAACAGAGAAACUAAACUAAUAUUCACCAUUUGAAAAACGAACGAACACAAAAAAAUAAAAUUUUUAAAAAUAAAUAAAAGCUGCACCAUAUGCAGUUCUGUGGAGUGAGUGGGAAUUUUGUCAUGUUAAUUUAUUUCUAAUUUACUUCGUCAUAACUUUUUAACAUUUUGUACGAAACGAGUGAGUCAAUAUACUUUGCUUUCAAUCACUUAUUCUGGUGCAAUUUUUUCUGUGCAAGUGAAUAUUUAAGCAGAUCCGCGCGAAAUUUCACUCAUUUUUCCACCUUCGUUUAAUGCUGCGACAUGGCAGAAGUGUUUGCAAACACAUUACUGAGUAUUACCGAUAUUGUUAUUGUUGCAGUUUAUUUUGCAAUCGUUUUAUUCGUUGGAUUAUGGAGCUCACGGAAGAACCGUAGCAGUACCAGGGGAUAUUUCAUGGCUGGCAGGAACAUGAGUUGGAUGCCUGUUGGAGCUUCUCUGUUUGCCAGUAACAUUGGGAGCAUUCAUUUUAUUGGUCUGGCUGGUUCAGGAGCUGCAGCUGGCAUAGCAGUUGGAGUAUUUGAAAUAAAUGCCAUGUUUGUCCUCCUUCUGAUGGGAUAUAUAUUUCUGCCUGUUUAUAUAUCUGCUGGGAUUUAUACCAUGCCUGAAUACCUGAAGUUGCGUUUUGGUGGCCGAAGGAUCCAACUUUGUAUGGCUAUUCUCUCUCUUAUCGUCUAUGUGUUUACAAAAAUCUCAGCUGAUCUUUAUGCUGGAGCACUCUUUAUAAAACAAGCUUUGAAAUGGGAUUUGUACCUGUCAUUGCUUCUGAUUUUGCUAAUUGCAUCAAUAUUUACCAUUAGUGGUGGACUGACAGCUGUAAUAUGGACUGACUUCAUGCAGUGUUUCAUUAUGCUCGCUGGUGCUAUAGCCCUUAUGGUUUUAAGUUUCAUUAAAGUUGGUGGCUAUUCUGCCAUGGUAGAAAAGUACCCUCAAGCUAUUCCUAACACAACUUUGAUGGACAAUACAACCAAAUGUGGUUACCCAAGAGAAGAUUAUAUGCAUCUUUUCCAUUCUUAUGAUGCAGACGAUAUUCCUGGCCCUGGUAUUAUAGGAUUGACCAUUAAUUCUAUUUGGUACUGGUGCUCUGAUCAGGUCCUUGUUCAGAGAGCCCUUGCUGCUAAGAGCUAUGACCACAGCAAAGCAGCUACAGUAUUUUGUGGAUAUCUCAAAAUUUUACCAUUAUUUCUUCUCAUUUUCCCUGGAAUGAUUUCUCGAAUUUUAUAUAAAGAUACUGUUGGCUGUGCUGAUCCAGAGGUUUGCAUGAGUGUUUGUGGGAGUGAAACAGGCUGUACCAAUGUUGCAUACACCUCACUCAUAUUGGAUCUGCUACCAGAAGGUUUACGAGGUUUGAUGCUGGCCAGUAUGGUUUCAGCCCUUAUUACAUCACUUACCUCUAUUUUCAACAGUUCAAGUACAAUAUUUGCACUGGAUAUUUGGUCGUUCUUCCGCAAAAAAGUUUCUGAUAUCGAAAUGAUUAUUGUUGGACGUAUAUUCAUCCUGUUUCUGGUAGUUAUCAGUGUUCUCUGGAUUCCCAUCAUCCAAAUAUCUCAAGGAGGAGACCUCUUUGUCUACAUCCAAGUGAUAUCCAGUUUCACCCAACCACCUAUUUGUGCUAUCUUUUUACUUGCUCUGUUUUGGGGCAGACUCAAUGAAAAGGGUGCCUUCUAUGCUUUAGUCUUUGGAAUGCUGGUUGGUCUGAUCCGCUUCAUUAUUGAAUAUUACCAUCUAGUGCCUCCUUGCUUCAAGAACCUUCCAGAUCCAAGACCAGAUGUUGUGAAAAACUUUCACUUCUUGUAUUUUUCCAUUUUUGGGUUUGCAUUUACUUUGUUUUUUGCUGUUGUCAUCAGUCUUCUGACAGAACCAAUUGAUCCUCGUUGUUUGGUACGUUUAACUUGGUGGACUCGACAUAGUAAAGAACCUCGAAUGAACAUAGAUGAAACAACUUCAUCUUCUGCGUCAACGAUAAAUGGCAAAGAUGAAAAGAAUGAGAACGAUUAUAGUAAUCCUUUAAGAAAGAUGUCUCCCAAAUCUAAUAUUGAUGUUGAUCAUCCAAAUGAGAAAGACUUUGAUGAUAUCAACUCAGCUGGCGAAGAUGCUGGAAAUUAUAAAACCAGAGUUUACAGUAUGGAUAUUGUAACAGCAAUCACUCCUGUACCUUGCUGGAAGAAAUUCAUCUAUAGGAUGUGCUGUUUCCAAGAGCAAAGUGCCACUCAACCUAAACAAAUGACUACUGAUUUUGUUGAGGAGCGUUCCAUAGAAGAAAAUCCCAAAUGGAGACUAACAACUUCAGUUUUGUCUGUUGGUCUUCUCAUAAUUGCCUGCUUCCUUAUGAUAUAUUUUGCUUAAUUUAUUCAUUAUGCUUAGAUGCAGUGGGAGCAUUUAUAUUAAUUUUUUUUAAGUAUUUGAUUAAGUGUUUUUCUAACAGGUUCUUGUAUAUUUUGUUACAUAACAGUAUUAAUUUUGUAGUGCAUUUGCUACAAAUAAAAUUUAAUAUUUGUAUAUAAAUAAAAAGAAACUACA